AGCAAAGAGGCCGGACAAAUCCCACCCCCGGCCCCGCCCGUCCAAUCCAUCUUGCUCGGGCGUGGGGGUGGGGGGGUGUGUGUGACGCUUCUCGGGAGAAGCAUGGGGCGGGGAAGGGAAAUCCAAGCCUUUGGGGGCUCCCGACAGGUGUUUGGGGCUGAAGGCGGAGCCUGGUGAGGGAGGAUGAGGAGGGAGGGGCGAUGCUGCCCCUUUAAGAGGCGGUGGCGGAGCCGGGACCUUUUCUCUUUCCCCGGAAGGAAAGCGGAGCCCCGGCUGGGCGCGCAAGCCAUGGGCCCCGGCCCCCGCCGCGCCGCCUGCGUCCCGCGCCCGAUGCUCUGCGCGCUCGCCUUGAUGGUGGCCGCCGGGGGCCGUGUCGCCUCCGCCUUCAACCUGGACACCCGAUUCCUGGUGGUGAAGGAGGCCAGGAACCCGGGGAGCCUCUUCGGCUACUCGGUCGCCCUCCAUCGGCAGACGGAGCGGCAGCAGCGCUACCUGCUCCUGGCUGGUGCUCCCCGGGACCUCGCCGUGCCUGAUGGCUAUACCAACCGGACCGGUGCUGUGUACCUGUGCCCGCUCACUGCCUACAAGAAUGACUGUGUGCGGAUGAACAUCUCUGAGAAAAGUGACCCCGAUCAUCACAUUAUUGAGGACAUGUGGCUCGGGGUGACUGUGGCCAGCCAGGGCCCUGCGGGCAGAGUCCUGGUCUGUGCCCACCGCUACACCCAGGUGCUGUGGUCAGGGUCCGAGGACCAGCGACGCAUGGUGGGCAAGUGCUAUGUGCGGGGCAAUGACCUCCAGCUGGACCCCACUGAUGACUGGCAGACGUACCACAAUGAGAUGUGUAACAGCAACACGGACUACCUGGAGACGGGCAUGUGCCAGCUGGGCACCAGCGGUGGCUUCACCCAGAACACUGUGUACUUCGGCGCUCCGGGUGCCUAUAACUGGAAAGGAAACAGCUACAUGAUUCAGCGGAAGGACUGGGAUUUAUCCGAAUAUAGUUACAAGGAGCCAGAGGACCAAGGAAACCUCUAUAUUGGGUACACAGUACAGGUGGGCAGCGCCAUCCUGCACCCCACGGACAUCACGAUUGUGACGGGUGCCCCACGGCACCGACAUAUGGGCGCUGUCUUCUUGCUGAGCCAGGAGGCAGGCGGAGACCUACGGCGGAGGCAGGUGCUGGAGGGCACGCAGGUGGGCGCCUAUUUUGGGAGCGCCAUUGCCCUGGCAGACCUGAACAAUGAUGGGUGGCAGGACCUCCUGGUGGGCGCCCCGUACUACUUUGAGCGGAAAGAAGAGGUGGGGGGUGCCGUCUAUGUCUUCAUGAACCAGGCAGGCACCUCCUUCCCUGCCCACCCCUCCCUCCUUCUUCACGGCCCCAGUCGCUCUGCCUUUGGCUUCUCUGUGGCCAGCAUUGGUGACAUCAACCAGGACGGAUUCCAGGACGUUGCUGUGGGAGCCCCAUUCGAGGGCUUGGGCAAAGUGUACAUCUAUCACAGCAGCUCCAGGGGGCUCCUCAGAGAGCCGCAGCAGGUGAUCCCUGGGGAGGAGCUGGGACUGCCUGGCUUGGCCACCUUUGGCUACUCACUGAGUGGACGGAUGGACGUGGAUGAGAACUUCUACCCGGACCUCCUAGUGGGGAGCCUGUCAGACCACGUUGUGCUGCUGCGGGCGCGACCGGUCAUCAACAUCCUCCACAAGACCUUGGUAGCCAGGCCAUCCGUGCUGGACCCUGCGCUCUGCACAGCUACCUCCUGCGUGCAGGUGGAGCUGUGCUUUGCUUACAACCAGAGUGCCGGGAACCCCAACUACAGGAGAAACAUCACCCUGGCCUACACCCUGGAGGCCGACCGGGACCGCCGGCCGCCUAGGCUUCGCUUUGCACGCAGCCAGUCAGCGGUCUUCCAUGGCUUCUUCUCCAUGCCAGACAUGCGUUGCCAGAAGCUGGAACUGCUCCUGAUGGACAACGUCCGCGACAAACUCCGUCCCAUCAUCAUUUCCAUGAACUACUCUUUACCUUUACGGAUGCCUGAGCGCCCUCGGCUGGGGCUGCGGUCCCUGGACGCGUACCCGGUCCUAAACCAGGCACAGUCCCUGGAGAACCACACCGAGGUUCACUUCCAGAAGGAGUGCGGCCAGGACAACAUAUGCGACAGCAACUUGCAGAUGCAGGCGGCCUUCGUGUCGGAGCUGGGGCAGCCUCUGAGCAGGCUGCACUACAGCAGAGACGUCCGGAAACUACACCUGAGCAUCAACGUGACCAACACCCGGAGCAGGGAGCGGGCUGGGGAAGACGCCCACGAGGCGCUACUCACCCUGGAGGUGCCUCCCGCCCUGCUGCUGUCUUCAGUGCGCCCCGCUGGGACGUGCCAGGCCAAUGAGACCAUCGUCUGUGAGCUGGGGAACCCCUUCAAACGGAACCAGAGGAUGGAGCUGCUCAUCACGUUCGAGGUCAUCGGAGUGACUCUGCACACGAGGGAACUCCAGGCGCAGCUACAGCUCUCCACGUCAAGUCACCAGGACAACCUGUGGCCCAUGACCCUGACCCUGCUGGUGGACUACACGCUCCAGGCCUCACUCAGCAUGGUGAGUCACCGGCUACAAAGCUUCUUUGGGGGAACAGUGAUGGGCGAGUCUGGCAUGAAAACUGUGGAGGAUGUGGGAAGCCCCCUCAAGUAUGAGUUCCAGGUGGGCCCAAUGGGGGAAGGGCUGGCAGCCCUGGGGACCCUGGUCCUAGGGCUGGAGUGGCCCUACGAAGUCAUCAAUGGCAAGUGGCUGCUGUACCCUACAGAGAUCACCGUCCACGGCAAUGGGUCCUGGCCCUGCCGACCACCUGGGGACCUUGUCAACCCUCUGAAUCUCACUCUCUCGGUCCCUGGGGACAGGCCGCCAUCUCCACAGCGCAGGCGACGACAGCUGGACCCUGGGGGAGGCCAGGGUCCCCCGCCAGUCACUCUGGCUGCUGCCAAGAAAGCUAAGUCUGAGACCCAACUGAGCUGUGGCAGUGACCGCACCCGCUGUGUGUGGCUGGAGUGCCUCAUUCCCGAUAGCCCCGUCAUCACCAAUGUGACGGUGCAGGCACGAGUGUGGAACAGCACCUUCAUCGAGGAUUACAGAGACUUUGACAGGGUCAGGGUAAGCAGCUGGGCUACCCUGUUCCUCCGAACCAGCAUCCCGGCCAUCAGCAUGGAGAACAAGACCGUGUGGUUCUCCGUGGACAUUGACUCUGAGCUGGUGGAGGACCUGCCAGCGGAGAUCGAGCUAUGGCUGGUGCUUGUGGCCGUGAGUGCCGGGCUGCUGCUUCUGGGGCUGAUCAUCCUCUUGCUCUGGAAGUGCGGCUUCUUCAAGCGAGCCCGCACUCGCGCCCUGUAUGAAGCUAAGAGGCAGAAGGCGGAAAUGAAGAGCCAGCCGUCAGAGACAGAGAGGCUGACCGACGACUACUGAGGGGGGCAGUCCCCCGCCCCCCGGCCCACCCGGUGCGACUUCUUUAAGCGGACCCGCUAUUACCGGAUCAUGCCCAAGUACCACGCGGUGCGGAUCCGGGAGGAGGAGCGCUAUCCGCCUCCAGGGAGCACCGUACCUACCAAGAAGCACUGGGUCACCAGCUGGCAGAGUCGGGACCGAUACUACUGAUGUCCUCCCCGAUCCCACCCCUGCUCCCCUGGUGACCCCUUCUAUUUAUCAUAAGUUAUGCCCCGGACGGUCCACAGGGGCCACUGCCUUUGGCUGGCAGCAGCAGAUUCAGGCACACGCACCUCUUCGAGCACGCGCGUGGGCUAUCCGGCCACGGGCUCCCCGCAGGAGGGCCGGGGUCGCGGGCCCUCCAGUGCUCACCGCAGCCCUGGGCCCUGGACACACGCGGGCCCCCCUGCUUGUGGCCUGUGCUUGUGCCCCACGGCUGGCGCGUGGACAUGCGUGGCCCUGCCUCUGCCUGUGCCAAAACCAAGCCAAAGGGCCUCCACCAGAGCCAGGAGGAAAAUGCCCCCGCUGUGGUGACACCUCCCCCAUGCACACUGGACCCAUCUUGAGCCAUAGUCACUGGAUUGACUCUGCUAUUAAGUCUAAAACUACUGACAAGGAACGGCGCGCCGGGCCCCCAGCUCCCGGCACCCAUGCCAGAGGGCGCGGGGGCCUGCCUCAGGUUGCCCACCGUGGCGUUUGGAGGACUGGGCGUGCUCAGACCCAAGAGCAGAGUGAGCUAGAAGGAAGGCCCCCGAGAUGGCUUUCCUUCACGGACCUCUGUGAAGCCUCUCUCCUCGGCCACGGCCCGCACUGGCAAGGAGAGCAGUCUGGAGGAACAAAGAUGGGCAAAAGCCGCUGGCCAGCUCGACACGUGGCGGCGGGACUGCCCUGGGAACUCAGUGGAACGCUCAGCAGAGGAGGGGACCAGUCCUGGGCCAAGGAGAUGUUGGACGUAGAGAGGAGAUACCACUUCUUACCCACCACUACCGCGCAGGCCUCUGAAGGCCUGGAGAGACCAUCUCCCCCCCCCCCACCCCCCCGCAACACACGCAAGAUCACAGAGGGAGCGACACUUGAAUGUAGAACAGGGAGGGAGCCCUGGCCCUGCCCCCUGGGCAGAACGUCUUCUGCCCUCACUGACCAUGGGGAGGGGACCUAGAAGGAGAGUUCUUGGCUGUCCUUGGCUUUCUCAGAGCCAACCUAGCUCUGCCUCCUCCCCCGUGGGUAGGUCCUGAGGCCCAGUCUAAAAGUUGAGGCCGGUUCCAGGGAACCUCUCCUGACCCCCGCCUCUUGGCGGUUCCCUUUUCCAGUCCCUGUCCCCUUCCAUGGUACUGUAGCGGGAGGCUCCCUCCCCCUCCUUGUGCCUUCUUUGUAUAUAGGCUUCUCAGGCGACCAAUAAACAGCUCCCAGUUUUUA